AUGUUCUACACGAGUCCGACUGCUGUUAGCUUCUUUUUUUUUGUUCAGGUUUUCUGGGGCGACGUAUCUCUGAAGGAGCGCCAGACAUUCACGGUGUACGCCAAUCGGAUCAGAUGUAUGCGGUAUAAGCUGCCAAGUCCACAGCUGCACAUCGAUCUGUUGAGAUGUCUACUGCAAGCAUUUCCUGCACCCCUCCUGCCCGCGGUCCGGGUCCUCGAAUGGCUGCACAUACCACCGGCAGUCAAUCCUGAGCUGACCCCGGGCCUUGCUCCCAUGUCCGGUAUCAAGACAUUGUAUCUCACGGCUUCUCCGGAGCAGGACAGUGCCGCUGGCGUCGCAAGGGUACUCGAAGAGUUGAACAAUUCGGAAAGUGCACGUAUCAGGCACUUGCAAUUGUAUGCCUCCCGCUUAAACGCUUGCUUGGACCGAAUUCCCUCAUGGAUCAACAUCUGCUCCCUGACACUCAUGGGUGAAAGAAUUGUCCUCAGCGACGAUGCCUUCUACGCCAUAUCGCAACUAUCAUCCCUCACUUCAAUGCACAUAGACGUUGGUGAAUUCUCUCUGGAAGCAUGUUCCAUCACCACGGGAUUCCCGCGGCUGAAAUACCUGGAAAUUGAAUCCGCUUAUGUAGAAGGGCUGGCCCAGUUUCUGCGUGCGUUGCCUCGAGAGUCAAUCACUGAUCUUGAUAUUUGCUUGCACAAUAUGGUGGAGGUUCCUAGGAAGCAGAUCAACCUCCUCCAGGCUGUUCGUUUCUCUAGGCUACGCAGCUUCAAGUUGCAUUCAUCUGUUCACCUCACAGUAGACGGCGUGCUCCGCAUUUCGGACGCGCUUUCUUCCCUCUUGGAAUGUAGAAGUCUGGAAAGGUUGAACGUGUCGUGCGAGAACAUCGCAUUUUACACCACGGACGAAGAUGUUCGCAAAAUGUCUCUUGCGUGGCCGAAGAUCACGCGCAUCUCGUGGAUACAGCCUCAAUGGGGAGGCGCAAUUCCGGGUCGCGCGGCGAGUUGUUUGCAUCUGUUUGGACUCUGCAAGAAAGUGGUCGCAAAUCCCCCGCCUUCAUAG